AUGGACCUGACACUGCGAGAUGCUCUGGGUGGGGGUGGAGCUGGGGUCCCAGGCGGGGCCCCUGCCGAUGCCUUGCUAAAGAGAGACUUCAUGGCCUCACUGGAGAAAGAGAGCUAUGAUGACAAAGUGGGAGAGACAGUCUCCAAGAGUGACUACCGACCUUUACUGGAUGGGAAGGACACCAAGAGCGGUCCGGGCAUGAUGUCAUCAAUGAUGUCAUCAGGCGGAUACCAAGACCCACCUGGGCAGCUUCCCUUCAGCACUGGAGGCAUGUCUGGCUUCUCUCAGUCUGGGAUGGGAGGGAUGAUGGGGUCCAGCCUGCCACCGUUCCAGACCAGCAUGAGCUCCACUUAUGGCAUGCCUGUGAUCGGUUCAGCUAUGGACAGCCAGAAAGGUUCCGGCCUGUUCGGAGUGGAAACCAAAACUACCAGUAACACCAUUGGAAGCAGUCCGUUUAAGACCAGUGAUCCAUUUUCUUCAGGAGGUCCAGGAAUCCACACUAUGGAUUUUUCUGCAGCUCCUGUCCUCUCUCCUGGCGGCUUAAUAGAGGAUGACAUCAGUGCCGCGUCCUCCAACUCCGAGGAAAGCCCAGAGAGAGCAGGGCUGGGGGACGAGGAUGGCAAGCAGCAGCAGAGACGGCGCAAGAAGAGGAGGAAGGGCCGGGACGAGGUCUAUGACUUCCUGGAUAGCCAGGAGAAGAACAUCGGCCAAUCAGACAAGCAUGGGAUUCAGGAUAAGGACGGAAAUGAGGCAGAGGAUAAUGAAGAUGAGGAGGAGAACUGGGAGUGGGAAAUCAGAGAGAGUGGAGGAGGGGGCAGGGUAAAAGGCAAGAAGAAUAAGAGUAGGGCAAGACUUCCAGAGGAGUGGGGGGCGCCCCAGCAGCACGUCUCCCCCACACCGGCUACGAUCGCUCCCACCUGGGAUACAGCCGCUCACUCUGGUGCAUCUGGCUUCAAAGCUCCAAACUUGAACCCCAGCCCUGCUCUGCCCUCUGCCUGUGUACAAAUACCCACAAAUUUCACAAACCAAUCCCAUGCUAUCCUUGUAACAGAUUCAUCACCACGCUCGUACGAGCCAAUGUGUUUAGACGAUUUCUCUAUGUCUGCAAAAGACGUGCAAAAGGCAAAUGAACAGAAAGUUUCCACUGGCAAACCUGAAGCUAAUAUUAGCACAGCAACUAGUGCAAUAAGUGCCAAGAGCAGUUUGGCUGGGGAUGCGAGCCGUAGUCUAGCGUUAAUGACAGGGGACAACCUGAGCCCAGUAUCGCAGACCUUCUCUUUCCUUGAUUCAGUCCUCCAGACCCCUCAAGCCUCAACACCUGAAUCACAAACUACCACCCCCAUCACCAACACUCCCGCCCCUGCCUCGGCCCCCCUGACAAAUUCCGGCCCAAAAGAAACUUCCGUCCUUGCCUCAGAAGCUUUCUCCUCUCCCAGCAGCCUCACAGUCCUUACUCCAGCACCCACUGUCCCAGCUGGAGUCGCGUCGUCGCUCAACGUUGAUGCCAAACCUUUUGUCCCAUGUGCCCCCUCUGCCACGCCCCUUACUUCAGCUCUACCCUCCUCCGGCCCUCCUACUUCAUCACCAGACACUCUCCCGACAAGCGUAGCCUCACGUCCUUGCUCGGCCACACUCCCUCCCCCCUUCACCCCCGCAGCCCCUCCCUUUCUCCCUGCACACUCAGAGCACGAGGAGUCCUCAUCGCCACAGCUCCCCCCACUGGAAGUGAAAUCUGACAACAAGGACAAGCAGCCGAAGAUGGACAUCAUGUCCACGAAGACAGACAAGACUGAAUCUUUCGACAAGAAAGAGAAAGAGGAGCAGCAAAAGAAAGACAAUGUGCCGGACAAGAACCAGAAGUCUGAGAAGAUUCUCAAAGACGAGGAAAAAGCGGAGAAGAUGAAUGUGGAGAAGAACAAGGCCAACGAGAAGUCAGAGAAGGUGGACAAGCCAGAGAAGACCAACAAAGACGAGAAGAAGGAAGAGGAGAAGAAGCUAGCUGAGAAGAAGGAAGAGAAGGGAGGGAAGGGCACAGCCAAGUCCCCAAAUAGCAACGGCAGCAAGACCCUGCCAAGCUCAGACAGCAAGAGCAAGCCUGACAUGGGUGCAACCAAACAAAACGCCACCAAACCCCGUCCAUCCACCCUCUCCACCAAUGGCGAGGCCACCUCGACCAAACACACCCCAGCCUCAGCUAAUAAAAAAAGCCCUGUAACCAAGGCGACCACACCUAACGCUGCCAAGCGGCCGCCUACUUCUGCUAAGACUCCGGACAAUGGUACGGCUGAGAAACGCCCACCUGUUCCAAAGGCCACGACCACACCACGUGCAGCUGCCAAUAAGAAUGGCUCCUCUGCGACCCCUGCAAGCAAAGCUGCUGUCAACAAGAAUGAAAAGGCUGAGAGCAAGACGGGAGAGGCCAAGAAACCCAAGACUACAGCCCGUCCUCGCCCUGCCUCCAACACCACUCCUGCUACUCCGGCUGCCUCCAUCAACGGUGACAACGCCUCUCACCGCCGCCGGGUCCUCACCAAACCCCCUGUGCCCAAGCAGGUCCCAAUGGAGAAGAAGCCGCCAGUGCCCCGUGCUAAUCGAACCCCUAGGCCUCUCAAUGCACCGGACCUGAAGAACGUCCGCUCCAAGAUUGGAUCCAUCGACAACAUCAAGUACCAGCCCGGUGGAGGAAGGGUCUCCUCCACCCAGAACAACAAGACAUCAGACCCCUGCACCCCUGUUGCCAAGGCCAGAGUUCAGAUAGUGCACAAAAAGUUGGACUUCAGCCAUGUCACGUCUCGCUGUGGCUCCAAGGACAAUAUCAAACAUGUCCCUGGAGGUGGCAAUGUACAGAUCCUGAGUAAGAAGGUUGAUGUGAGCAAGGUGACCUCCAAAUUAGGCUCUAAGGACAACAUCAAAUACAAGCCAGGUGGUGGUGAUGUGAAGAUUGAGGCCCAUAAGCCAAACAUUAAGGCUAAGUCUAAGAUUGGAUCUCUGGAUAACGUGGGGCCCGGCAACGGACAGACUAACGGACACAAGGAGGAGAAAGCAGAGGAGAAGACAUCUUCCCCCCCAAGUGGCGCUCCAGCAACAGGACCAGCGGGCGUUGCCAAGGCAACAGCACCUGGAGGUGUUGCCAAGGAGAAUGGGGCGAAGGAGCCCACACCUUCUCCUUUCGGGGGAGAUGGACUGAGGGAGCCCCUUACCAUGGACAAGCGUAUCACUGAGACAAAGUUUGUUGGGACACGCAUGGCCCUCGCCGACCUGCCAAUCAACAGACCAACCAACCUACCACAGCGCAGUCACUUCCCUGUCGCCCCGGCCUUCAUCUCGCCCACCACAGCACCAAACUGA